AUGGCGUCAUCCUAUUCCUCAUCGUCAUCUGUGAGCCCUCAGGCGCUGGACCAUGGGGACCAAAAGUCGCUGCCACCAGUCGAUACCUUGAUCUCAUAUUUGUUGGCGGCAAAACGCUCACUUUCCUCCAUCAGUCAUGUCUGGCGGGCCAAUGAAAUAGUCACGGCGUCACAUUCAGCCCUGGAGAAGAGUGUUAUCGUCUGCUCCCGAACAGGGUUCCUGCGCCGAGGCCUCAAUGGCCAGUUGCGUCUGUUAUAUGACGUUCGUACCGAGGUCGAACAGAUAUCAUACCGGUGUCGGGAUGAAUUUUCAGUAGCACUAAAAAAUCUAGAUGCUGCUGACGCCCGACUCAGAAGCACGUUAGAUAUUCUUCGAGAGACUAUUGUUCACGCCUCCUUCCGACCUGGCGAUGAAGAGCAAAAGAGCUUACAUGACUUUGUUGACGAGCGCGGUGUUGAAGAGCUCCAUGCCUCCUUAAAAGCCUCUAUCGACCGCACUAACACAGCGAGAGCUGAAUUAGACACGUCCAAUCGUGAGUUCGAUGACGAACUUCAAGCCACCCGACAGUCACUUCGUCACUACCAUACUGCCACGAAAUUGGCGUCAUCCCGGGUAUCGGUCACAUCUUCCUCCUCCUCUUCCUCUGCUUCUUCCUCCGGUUCUGGCCUUCUCGCUUUGUCAUCUAUGCCAGGGCAGAUCCAAUUAUUGGAGGCCCAUGCUCAAGAAAUGGCUGUCUUACUAGAAGCCUUGGUCCGGCAUUUUGAUAUAUGCGUUACUGCUGUGAAGCACACAGAUGGUGGAGGGGCGGUGGCGCGAUCCAUCACCGGCGACAUGCCUGCUGGUGUCAACGGCCGCAGUGAUGGCGUGCUAAACAUUGGGGCAGAAAUUAAUGCCAAUUUGAAUGCACCCCUUGAUCCAAUGACGGAUGCCGAAUAUCAGGAAAUGGUGGCCGUCUUGAUCAAAGAUGCCCCUGAAGCGGAUGAUGUGGUCAUGGAAAUCCAAGAUCGCAUCAAUGAUAUGGAAUCUAUUUUUGAGCAGGUGCAAGCACAGCAUGAUGCGCUCCAUACCAUCUCUAAAGCCACCAUAGAAGUUCACAUCCACCUAUCAUCCCUUGCCUCAUCACGCUUACCCCGUUAUAUCUCCCAGGCGCAUAAUUUCACGCGUGUGUGGCACGAGGAAAACGAUCGUAUCCAGUCUGGCCUUGCAGAACUCUCUGAUCUACACUCUCUCUACGACGGGUUCCUCAAUGCAUAUGAUAGCUUAAUGCUCGAAGUAGCACGUAGGCGUCAUGUUCGCCAGCGUGUGGAAAAGGUACUCCGAGAAACCCGGCACAAACUGGACCAACUUCAUGAUGAAGAUGCUACUGCGCGUGAGACUUUCCGUGUCGAACAAGGUGAUUUCCUUCCGUCUGAUAUAUGGCCUGGUGUUGGCCUAGCGCCAAUGCAGGUGCAAUUCGCCCGCCUCUCGGGCGGUCACCUAGAUGGCGAUACUGAAGAUGCACCCAACGAAGCCAAUGCGCAUGAUUACAUGGAUGCUGCCAACACGGGUGUAUCGGAAGAUAAUGGCGAGGGAGAACAUAUUCCGGACCUACCAAAAGACCUUGUUGAGCAAGCUUACGCGAGGGUCAAAGCACGAACCAAGGCCGUGUCCCAUUUGUACACUGCUUGA